CUCGCUCAUCCUACACCAUUUAAGGUCGAGUAGAGGUGAAGAAUUUGACCAUAUGUGCCAAAUCCAAUUUCCUGUGCACUAUGUAAAGAACAUGUGAUUGCAUAGGCAAGCUGAGUUGCACUGGGCGCGUUUCUACGAGGGAGGACGAUGGCUUUGCGCUUCUUUCGGGCCCUCAGAUGCCGCAUGCACGGCCUUUCAACCUGAAGGACUUAAGGCAUUGCUUGCUGUUGGUCGGGUGUGCGGGAAGCGAAGUGGCCUGGAACCUGCGGGUACCUGCGAAUGAAGCCUCAGGGCCAUGGCGAGCCAUGUUCAAGGAGCGCGAUCCUAGAGUGGAGGGCUGGACUCGAGACCCGCAAGAUGAGCGAGUGGCAGCCUUGAGGGAGAAACUGCAGAGAAGCAACUGCAUGCCCAACCUGCCAGUCUUUUCGCCUUUGGACCCAGAUUACAACGUCAGUGCCGUGGCAUCUUUCUUCCACGAGCAUGGCUUUGUGGUAUUGGAAAAGGCGUUGCCGGAGCUCAUGUUGGAGAACUUGAAGAACGCCUCUGGAUACAUCAUGAGGAGGAUUUUUGAAGAAGAUCCAGAAGGAAGCUUUGGUGGUGGAGCUGGGAAGUUGCCACAUCGCUACAGCUUAGGAGAUGCUUCAGGUACAAAGUCCAACUUUCACCUCGACGCGUAUGCUGAGCUGGUGGAUUUACCCACCACGACUCCAUUGCUGCAGCACAUUUUCGGUUCCAUUGAAUACCUUGCAGCAGGAUCUGGUGGGGAUGUAGUGCUGGCUGGGGCGAUCGAAUACCAGUCCUUGCACCCAGACGCCAUCUGGGGCGUUCUUGAAGGGCCCGUGGCCGAGCAAGAGGUGCCACCAGCAGUCACGAUCAACUUUGUUCUGGAACCCCUGACCGCGCUGAACGGCGCCAUGCGGGUGGUUCCCGGGUCACACCGCUGGCCAGAGCGGCCACCACACCUUCUGGAGGAGCCGGACUGGAUGCAGUUCAACACACUAUGUCCACUCCCUGCAGGCGCUGCCAUCUUCCGAGACAACCGAUGCUGGCAUGGCGGGACACCCAACUUGUCGGAGAACUUCCGGGCCUUGCCGAACGUGGAGUUCUUCCCACCCAAGGCCAAUCCCUCUUUGGGCUGGUUGGAUCGCUAUACCAUGCCAUGGGACGUGUGGCAGCGGCUGUCGCCUUUGGGGCAAUAUGUCUCCAGACAUGUGGUCGCACCGCCCGACGAGGAGAUUCCUGGCCAAGACUUCUACUCCCCGGGUGCCAUCCUGAACAUCAUGCCAUUCCUCCGCUAAGACGAGGAGGCCAAGUGACCAACGAGCCCGAGGAGGCCGGUGUGUUCGGCGCCGAAUCCGUGUCCGCUCUCCCAAGACCGAGGCCACAAGGGCCAGGCCGUGUCAUGAAGCGGCCCAAAUCACUCGAGCAAGUGCAUUUCUUGUGUGACACAGAGGCACGCGAUAACCUGCGA